CUUUGGUGUCGUGUGAGGCCGAAGAAGGGGAACAACAGGUAGGGUUUCACUCAUUCAUGGAGUCUUACGGUAAGCCGAGUGAACCGCCAUUUGAAAUACCGGCCAAAUCGGAGUCUUAUGUGAAACUGAUAUGCGAUGCGAAAUAUAGCGGCGAUUAUACGGAACUCCUUGUGUUCGCAUUCAAUGGCUUCAAAAUCGGACGUUUCGUAUCCGUGACAGUCGUUGAGAACAUCAACCAAUUCACAGACAGUAGGCGCGGUCGACGCCGUUUAUUCGGCGCCGACACAUGGAUAAUGCCCGGCGAGAGGGUAUGGAAUCCCUGUAAGCAUAUCUUCGACAAACUCCAGAACUAUAAGGUUCCCGAAGCAUUGUGGAGAGCCAUCGAAAACAAUUGGUCCGUCGACUCAGUCGCACCGGAACUCAAUGAACCGCUCACUCAAGACAACUAUAGACUCAAAUUUCACGCUUUGAUGUACUUAGAGGAGUGUCAAAACGUACUCAAUCUCCAGAGUUACGACAUGAAUGGCGUUCAGUUCAGACGCACCGGUCGAUUCCUGGCCCUGAAUGUGCCGGGACUGGCAGAUGGCAGACCCAGUCUUAUAAUUAGUGAUAAAUUGAUUGCAUUUGACGAUAAAUCUCUCGCCAGUGCCGAGAAAAAGACUAUCGGUUACGAAGCAUUCAUUCAUGACAUCAAAAAGGACGAGAUUCUUGUGCGCUUUCACGAGGACUUUCACCGGGACUUCGAUGGCGGCACUUAUAAACCGGUAUUGGAUCAUAUCCUUAGCUCAUUGGUUACCACAACAUUCAGGCGCUGUCAUCACGCCAUUGAUCUGUCGCCCCAUUUGGUCGGACAGGUGUUGUUCCCCAACAAAGUGAUUCUCAAACAGCCCUAUAAGAGGAUUCCGUUUGAAUCGAUUGAUUGGUUCAAUAAGUCCUUGAAUUUGCAACAGAAGCUGGCGGUCAUCGGCGCCCUUAAGGGCCACUCCCGACCCACGCCUUACAUAAUCUUUGGUCCGCCCGGCACUGGAAAGACGGUUACAAUCGUUGAGACCAUUCUUCAGGUGUUCGAUAAGAUCCCUGAGAGUCGGAUCAUAGCGUGCACUUCAGCCAACAGUUCGGCCGAUUUGAUUGCAAUGAAACUGUUAGAAAGCGGUCGCGUCUCCCCUUCCGACUUGACUCGUCUCUCGGCAUUGCAUCGUAAGUCUCACUCCAGA